UAAUGUGUCACGUUGUAUACAUUUGUUUUCACAAAAAAAUUAGUUAAGAAUUAAAUACACUAUGAGACAAGUCUCUUCUAUAUAUACCCCCCGUGAAUGAUUCUCUUCUACAUCCAAAAAGAAAAAUGGAAAUGAAGAAUACAAUGAAUAGGAACCCUCAAAGUGAUGCACCAAUCAUAAAACCUCUAGAUCCUGAAGAAUUCAAGAGGCAAGGCUAUAUGAUGGUUGAUUUCCUUGCUGAUUAUAUUAGGAAUGUUAGCCAUUAUCCCGUUUUAAGUAAAGUAGAACCUGGUUAUCUUAAACAAAGAUUACCAACUUCUGCUCCAUGUGGUCCAGAACCCAUUGAAUCCAUACUUAAAGAUGUGCAAGAUCACAUCAUCCCUGGCCUCACACAUUGGCAAAGUCCUAAUUUUUAUGGCUACUUCCCUUCAAGUGGUAGCAUAGCAGGGUUUAUGGGUGAGAUGCUGAGCGCUGGACUCAAUGUGGUUGGAUUCAACUGGGUGUCAUCUCCAUCUGCCACUGAGCUUGAAAGCAUAGUCAUGGAUUGGCUUGGACAAGUGCUGAACCUCCCCAAAAGCUUUCUUUUCUGUGGUGAUCAUGGUGGUGGUGUGGUGUUGGGGACUACUUGUGAGGCCAUUUUGUGCACUUUGGUGGCUGCAAGGGAGAAAAAACUUUCCCAAGUCGGGAAGGAGAACAUAGGAAAACUUGUGGUGUAUGGCUCUGAUCAAACACACAGUGCACUUCAGAAGGCAGCACAAAUUGCAGGCAUCCAUCCAGCGAAUUUCCGGGUCAUCAAAACGAAGAGGUCGAAUUCGUUUGCUCUGUCUCCUGAUUCUCUUCUCUCCACCAUUCUUUUGGAUGUGGAGAGAGGGUUGAUUCCUUGUUUCCUAUGUGCCACUGUUGGCACUACUGCAAUAGCAACCAUUGAUCCUAUAGGGCCAUUGUGUAAUGUGGCCAAGGACUAUGGAAUUUGGGUCCAUGUUGAUGCUGCUUAUGCAGGUUCAGCUUGCAUUUGCCCUGAGUUUAGACAUUGCAUUGAUGGGGUUGAAGAGGUUAACUCCUUUAGCCUCAAUGCUCAUAAAUGGUUUUUGACCAAUUUGACAUGUUGUUGCCUUUGGGUGAAAGAUCACAUUGCCCUCACAAAAUCCUUGACAGUAAAUCCUCAAUUCUUGAGGAACAAAGCUUCUGAGUCAAAGCAAGUGAUUGACUACAAGGAUUGGCAGAUACCCUUGAGCAGGAAAUUCAAUGCCCUCAAACUAUGGCUUGUUCUUAGAAGCUAUGGUGUUGAGAACAUUAGGAACUUCCUGAGAAAUCAUGUGCAAAUGGCGAAAACCUUUGAAGGGCUAGUAAGGUUGGAUAAGAGGUUUGAGAUUGUUGUGCCACCAAAAUUCUCUUUGGUUUGCUUUAGGAUCGCCCCAUCAGCAAUAAUUGCUAAUGGACUUUCUAAAGGUGUUGAAGCUUGCUAUAAUGGGAAACUGGUGAAUGAUGAGUAUAUGGUGAAUGAAGUCAAUCGUAAAUUGCUUGAUUCUGUUAAUAGUUCUGGUGAUGCAUUCAUGACUCAUGGUGAGGUCGAAGGAGCUUUUAUGAUUAGAUGUGCUAUUGGUGGAACCUUAACAGAGGAACACCAUGUGAUCAUGGCAUGGAAGUUGGUGCAGGAGCAUGCCAAUUCUCUGUUAGGACUGUGACCAAAAGGCAGAUUUGAAGAUAAGAAGAUUCAAUGUCGUAGAAUUCAUCAAUGACAGAGAAGUAUGGUCAUAUCGCUAUCAAUGGUGAUGAGAUGACCAUUGGAAAUUAUUAGGAGUAAUUAUUACAAGUUAGUCUUUGUGAAAAUCUUUUAGCUUUAAAUACCAAUUUGUUCAAUGUAAUAAAUUUGAAAUUAUGUCAUGAAAUUUAGUGUAAUAUCCUACUUACCCACUACUCAUCAAAGUUAUAUUAGACGAGUUUUAAACAUGUUUUCAAUCA